AUGUCCACCACUAAUCUUUAUGACAAAAUCUACGACUUUUUAAAUGAGUUGAGGAGUAUCAUCGAUCGAGUAAUAGCAUCAGUAAAAAACCUUUAUGAAAGAAGUUCUCCUCAAUAUAUACGUCUUCUCGAAGUAUUUCCAGAAAAACCAUCACAUGAUAAUGCAUGGAAAAAAUCUGAUAAUAAACUUGUGGUUAUUGCUGAAAAAAUUUUAAAUGCUUUAAACGAUGCAUGGAAAAAUCAUUCAUUUCGCCCUGAUUUUUUAGAAUCACUAAAUGAAGGAACAUAUACAUCCAAUGUAAUCUUACCUGCAAUUCGAGCAACAUUGCAAGAUCUUCCUCUAGGCCAAUCAUCAUUUAUCAGCAGUUUCGAAAAACAAAGCAAUGCUAGUGCUGAUCGAAAAGGUGGAGAUUUUCAGGGAAGGUGA